UCCAGAUUCAGAUAGUUCCUCCCUCCACCUUUUUUUAAUUUUGUUUGCUUUUCUGAUUUCUAACUAGAUUCUGGCUGGCAUUAAUUUAAACUUAAGUAUCUAUCGCUAAAUUCUUCUGAUGCAUUAGUAUUACUGACAAUAUAUUACAAUACAUAUGUACUACAUUUACACUAUAAUAUAAGCAAAGUCUAUUAAAACUUUUACCUACAUUUCUUCCUUUGCUUGCACUUGUGUAAGUACAACUUCUGUUGCAUGCAAGUCCAGACAACUGCGAUAUUUUUUGUUGUUUAAAAAAUUACUAACCAUGCCGAUGAAAAAGAGUAAGAAGGAAAAAAAGAGCGAACGCAAACGCGAACGAAAUUUCAUUGCAAAAGAUGUAACAAUAAAUGACAGUGCAGAUGCCCCAAAAGCUGUGAAUAAACUGAAAAAGUUUACAUUGAGUGAUGCGGAUGCCAUUUUGUCUGAACCAUCAUGGGACAAGUUGCAAGCUGACAACACCAAUAUUGACAUUAUCGAGCAACUUAACCCUGAUGGCACUAAGAGCUUUAUUUACACAAAGAAGCGUAACUCUUCCAAGUCUGAAGCAAGUAUUGAUGAUCGACCAGGGAUAGUUUACCCAGAAAUAGUAUGGUAUCACUUGUCGCGAUAUAUAAAGCCUGAAGACAUUGGUAAUUUUGCAGGGAUUAACAGUUCAACUUAUGCCAUCACAAAAACUGAGUCAUUUUGGAGAGGGUUGUAUAAAAAAUAUUGUGAUAAUCAUCCCAGGUUGCCUAAAAAGUUACAAAUUGAGAAUAGUUACACAGUUUAUGGAUUGCGCCAGAGAGUGAUACGGGCAUUGUACCAUACAUAUAGUUUAUUUUAUAAAAAUGUUUUGCAUCAGGCAGCUCAGGACAGUAAGCCACAUGAUUUGGUCAGACGAAAAUGUGUAAAUUUGUGGUUCUGCGAGAGUGCCACUCACUGGACAGUGUAUUUCAAAUUCAAGAAAAUAUUUGCUAGUAAAACUCGAGGAAGGUGGAAUGUUGAUUUUCUGGAAGAACUUGGGAAUGUUGAUGCUAACACAGAGGAGGACUGCCAAGUAUUACAGGUGACAUGCCAAAGCUUGUACGAUGUACCUCCGCUUAUGGGUAUGACAUUAUCAUCUGUCAGCGUGGUGCUCUCGCAAGGGUUCCAACAUCACAGACUCCAUCUUGGCUUCAACUCCGGCCACCACGUCUCCAAGAACAUCCUCCCGGAGUGCACUGUGGUUUUGGAUACUGUUACGAACAUUUCUGUGUAUGACUGGUGGCAUCCGAGGUAUCCACAUUUUGAUAAUACUCUACCAUCAAAUGUGAGGGACGAUGAGUCACAGCCAGUUUUGAAGAAAGAUUUCUUUAAUAUCAAAGACGGGGAAUACUUAUAAAGUAAGUAUUUUUACAAUUUGAACUGUUUUUAUUUUUUGUAGUUUAGACACCUCUAGUCUGUGUUAAUAAACAAAACUGUUCAACAAAGUUUUCUUACAUAUUUUUUGCCACAAUUUUUUUUUUGUAUUUGGAUAAUAUUCCUAUUCUUUGAUUUAUGGAGCUACGAAUGAUUGAAGACGAAUGGGUGAUUGAUUGAAGCUAUGAAUACACUGGGCAACAUUUGACGCGCAACAUAUCAUUCGUCACGCGUUACCAUUGACUCGAGUGAAAUAGCACAUAGUCGAUCUCACUCAUGCAAAUUGUAAUGAAAAGGAAAGAACUUCGCGUCAAAUGUUCCCUAGUGUUCAAUCUAAAAACUAGAAAAAUCAAAGAUACUAUAUUCACUAUAUUCAUUAACUUACAAGAUAAAUUAUGUUUAAUAUGAAGGCCAGUGAAGGUAGGCAAGUUUGGAAUUUAUUUUAUUUUGAUUCAGUUUUUUUUAUUGUUUUCUUUCUUUAGGUAAGUAGGUAUUUCUGUAGUAAUCCUUUUAUGACAUCAGACCAAACUCUGUAACAAAAAAAGUUCGAAAACUAGUGAAUUUACAGUCAAUAUUAUACAUGCAGUAGUGUUAGAGCGAUGUAUAAAGUUCCAGUUAGUAGUAGUUCUAGAAGAGCCGCGAAAGAAGUCGCGCGGCAAUAUGUGUCAAUGUGAGUUAUAAUAAUUAUAGGUUAUUUUAUGUUGUAGUCUUUCUUUCGUGGCUCUCUUUAAAAUUACAUGUAUGUGUCUUUGAGUGUGUUUUCAUUUGAAGAAAAGUACAAAGUAUGUGUGAUAAUGUAAGUGUACAUUUAUCGCAGUGUUGUUGCUAUAAGCAUUAUUAUCUAAGAUUGUAAAACUUAAGGUAAGCCACAUGUGAUAAUAUAUUGAUUAUAUUCUUGUUA